AUGAAAAACUUUAUCUGUACCUACAAUGCACGUACACUUGCAUCCGAAUCCUCAAUAGAAGACUUGCUCAUGCAAGCAAGAAGGAUAAAGUACGACGUCAUCGGCUUGGCCGAGACGAGAAGACGCCAGCUUUUCAACGCCGUCUAUGAAACUGGAGAAGAGCUGUUCCUCGGAACAUGCGACAGUAGACGAGUCGGCGGCGAUGGAGUUCUCGUCAACACGAGUUUUUCCAUGAACAUCGAUUCAUUCGAACAACUCAUAACCCGAAUCGGACGUUUACGAUUAAAAAGACGUGGAUCAAUUCCGGCUUUGACAAUCUUCGUCGUUUACGCGCCGACAUCAAACUAUGACGAAGGGGUCGAAGGGUCGAAGCGUUCUAUGUGGACUUGA